CGAGGACGAGGGCUGCCUCACUGCUGCUGCCUUGCUGACCACUGACACCUCACUCACGCACGCAGGCACGCCUCGACGCGGGCCGUCAUGCUCUGGCUCGCCUCGCCUAGCCCCCCCUUGGGCCCCUUGGCCAUUGUCAAAGCCGGCACGAUGGCAGCAGCUCACGCCAAGAUCCUGACUGAUCACGACGACGACCAGUGUUACCUCUCUACACCCGAUAGCAGCCAUACCUAGCAACACGCUCUUGACAUGGUACUAUCCACAACUACACGAUGAGCAGCAGCGGCAGUAGCAGCACCACCACGACGACAACAGAUACAGCACGGGCCGCGCGCUCGCCAGCGUGGGCGACGGCCACGCCGACAGCGACAGCAACUACGGCAGACAGCCCGGCGGCGACUUCGGCUAUGUGGCGUGUUGGCCCAAGCACGAAACCCAGCACGACAAACUACACUACUACGCCAUCGCACUCGACGAGCACGUCGCCACUGCCUGCGCGGUCGCCGCCGCCAGCGCAGCAGCCGCCAUAUCCCACCCCUCCGCUCACCAGCGCCACCCAGAGCAACGGCGACAGCGAGCGCGGCGACGAGAAGCCAGCAACAACAUCAGCAGCACCCUCUGCGCCCUCUGCGCCGUCCGCUGCUGCCUCUUCCCAUCACGACGAGGAGCACGACGAGGUGCUCGACGACAACGCCGCCCCGGCGUCAAACAGUGCCGGCUCGCCCUCCCGCCCGGGUACCACAGCGACUUCGCCCACGACCACCUCGCCCCCAGCCCUGAGCACUACUACUACAACCCCUACCGCCGCCGUGCCCAUCGUCAAGCCCAAGCUACGCGCGUCCCGCGCCUGCAGCAGCUGCAACCGGCAAAAGCUCCGCUGCGACGGGCAGAACCCGUGCGGGCGGUGCAUCGGCCUCGGGCAGGCAAAGGUGUGCGAGUACCUCCCCUCUCUGCGCGGCAAGACGCGGAAAAAGAAGGGCGCGGUGAGCGCGGUUGGCGGUGUCCCAGUUCCGGCGCCCGGCGCCGUGGGAACGACGGCGGCCACAAGCGCCAAUGGCAGCAGCGGGGUCACGUCCCCCUCUGAGCCGCACCUGGCGGGCAGCAAGCGCCGGCGCUCGCUCGAGGGCUUUGCCCGCGAGUACGAGUACGAGUAUGCGCGCUGGCAUGCUUUGGCGCGCAACGGCGUCGGCGCGUGGGGCAGCAAUGGCGCCAGCGGCAGCAACAGCGAGCGGGAGCGCGCCGAACGCGACCACCGCGACCGGGACCGCGAGCAGCGCGAGCGCGAGCAGGCAUACUACGUCGCUGAGCGGGAACGUGACGCGCGCGACCGCGCAGCCGAACACGACCGCGAGCACGAGCGCCGGCAGCGCUCGCGCGCAAACUCGGCCCACUCGGUCCACUCGGCGCACUCGGCGCACUCUCCGCGUUCCCGCCAGCCGCCGACCCUGACGCCGGUUCAGCGCCUCACACCCCUGCCACCCACCAGCGGGGGCGACGCGCUCAGCAUCCUCGCCGAGGCGAGCGCCAUCAGCCCCGUCGAGCGGGUGCGCGACGUGCGCAGCGGCGACCUCCGCGAGCGGGAGCGCGGCGAGCGCCGGCGCGAGUGGUCCCCCCGGCCCGAGGUCGCGCCGGUCUCCGACGCGUGUGAGGCCAAGCACCUCCUCGGCUUCGUCAACGCCCAUGAGGCCGAAAACCUCUUCAACCUCUACGUGCGCUACUUGAACCCGCACCUGCCCGUGCUCGACACGAGUACCCCACAAGGCGGUGUCGCGAUCCACGUCGCGCGGCGGUCUAUCGCGCUCUUCAACGCCGUGUGCUGCGUGUCCGCGAGAGCGUUCAACGUGGUCCUUUGGGACCGGCUGAAGGCUUUCGCCGCGGGCGAGGCGUCGCGCCUCGUGCUCGACCGGUCGUUCGAGGCCGUGCAGGCGCAGAUGGUGUACGCUACGUGGAACCUGCCGACGGAAGACGGCGCCGACGCGGCGUACGUGCGCUUCGGGCUCGCCAAGCGGCUCGCAGAGGACAUUGACCUGCCUGCCGCGAUUGCCAGCCCGCUGCCGUCCUGGGCGAAGCGGAGCAUCGCGCGCACGUCGCUCCUGCUGUACGCUGCCGACGCGACGCUCGCGCUGGAGCUCGGCAAGCCCGUGCUCGUGCGCGACGUGUCGUCCUGGGCCGCGCAGCUCGACGGCGGCGGCGUCGACGACCUCCUCGUGUCCAUCUUCUCCGAGUGGGCGCACGCGCUCACGCGCGCCGUCGACAGCCUGCGCGCGCAGGCAGCCACCUGGUCGACCAACACCUCGCCCGCGGCGGGCGUGUACGCCGCCGCGAUGCCCGAUAUUGUCGCCACGCACCGCGUGCGCUUUGUGGCGUGGCGCGAGCGCGCGGAGCGCAGAGUCGAGGCACUACACGAGCAGUACCCCGAUUCGGCGGAGCACGCGGGGCUGGUCAUCGCCCUCGCGCGCCUGUACGAGGGCUACGCUUCUCUCGUGCUCGACGCGUACGUGCUCGAGAGGGCGCUCUUCCUCCGCCGCAGGGGCGAGGGCCUUGCCGAGUUCCAGGCGUCGGCGAUUCGCCUGAUCGAGCUGUUCGACAUCGACCUCAGCAGCUCGCACCUCCGCGGCGCGCCAGACACGGUGUUCACGGUGCUGACUUAUGCCGCCGUGUCGCUCGUGCACAGCGUCGCCUUGGGGGGACGGGACAGCGAGAACAAGGCGGCCGUGCUCGCGCUUGCUAGGCGCGCAAGCGACGUGCUCGCCCGCGCGGCCAUGACGCCUGACCAUCUCCCGGCCGCGCAGAGCGUCUUCCUCUCGCGCCUCAUUGCGAAGGUUGGCGCCGACGCCGUGUCGGCCGAGGAGGCGAGCGACAUUGCCACCCUGGCAGGCGGACAGCCGGACGAGGCGGCGCACGCGCGCGCACUCUUCGAGCCGACGACGUCCAUCUGGCCACCGCGCCCCGCUGCCGACCCGAAGCGCGCGCGCGCGACACUCGCCGGUGCAGAGUACCCCGCACCUCCGCCUGCGCUGCCGCGCGCCGCGCUCGGCUUGGGCGUCGGGAGCUUCCGCCGGACCGGCCUCGCCGCGCGCUCUGGCCUGUCCGGCCUUGGCGGGUGGUAGUGGAUAGUAUAGACUAGACUGGACCGCUGUGCGGUCGCGAGCGUUGUACCCUUAUGAUGCCAAGAUGGCUUAGUG